AUGGCCAUUGAUACGCAGCAAAAGAUGCUGCUCUUCGGGGCGGCUGCGGCAGUCAGGUUGCUUCUAUUCACCGUCUUUCCCGCUCUUCCAGACCUCCUCGCCGGCCGCGUCGAGGUGUCCACACCCGUCACAAGCUUCAAGAGGUUGCAAGAGGGCGUCUUUCUUCAUACCCACAAUGUCUCUCCAUAUGACGGCGGCGUUUUCCACCAGGCCCCUCUCCUACUGCCUCUUUUCUCCCUCCUGCCAAACCCCUCCCGCGCCCCGCUUGCGACAAAUAUCCUCUACACCAUUGUAGACUUGCUGAGCGCGAAUGCCUUGUAUCAGGUCGCAGAGAGUGGCUUCUCCUCGGUGACGCGCCUGUUCGCUUCUCCCCGGAAAGACUUGCGAUGGAGUAGCAUGGCCAUCACCGCUGGCUUCCUGUUCAGUCCAUUCACCGUCCUGACAUGCAUCGCCCGCUCCACGUCCUCUCUGACAAACCUCUUCAUCCUCACAGCCAUGGCCAAGGCAUCACAGGGAGCCAGCUUCACUUUCAUCUUUGCCACAGCCUUCGCCUCGUACUUUGCCAUGCACCCAAUCCUCCUCUUUCCUCCCUUGAUGGUCUUGUUGUAUGAUGCAAAGGCGCUCAAGAACAAGUCCACUCCGAAUACGACCUCGUUUGUUGUCACCCAUACACUUGGCUUCGUAGUCGCAAUUGGCGCCCUUUUGGCUGGCUCGGCAUUCUUGACUGGCUCAUGGGACUUCCUAGGAGCCACGUACGGUGUGCGUCUCCUAAUGCCAGAUCUUACGCCCAAUGUGGGUCUCUGGUGGUACUUUUUCAUUGAGAUGUUUGACUCGUUCCGCGAGUUCUUCCUAGGCGUGUUCUGGUUACACGCCGCCUCGUACAUGCCAGGUCUUACCAUUCGUCUUCACAAGCAGCCCUUAUUCGUCGCUUGCGCAUUGACUGGCGUUUUUGCCAUCUUUACGCCCUACCCCAGCAUAGCAGAUGCUGCUCUGUACCUUUCUUUGGUGCCCAUGUUCCGGCAUCUGUUUCCUCUGAUGCGUUAUACCUUCUUGGCAUCGGCGAGCAUUCUAUACACAUCGUUCCUAGGUCCUGCCUUUUAUCACUUGUGGGUUUACGCUGGAUCUGGCAAUGCCAAUUUCUUCUAUGCAAUUACACUGGUCUGGAGUCUGGGCAUGUCGAUUAUUCUAGGAGACUCAUUGUACGCGGCAUUGAGGGACGAGCUGGACGUCGAAAGGCCGGAAUUGCAAGGGAAGGAGGUACGUCGGAUAUGA